CCGGCCCGCUGGCCCCGCCGCUGCGCCCGCAGGUGCCCGUGCGGAGCGGAGCGGGGGCGGCUCCGGCGCGGCCACGAGCUGCCCCUCUCCCCCGCCCUUCCCCGAGUUAGGGCUGCCGUGUGCUCUUGGUAUUGGGUUUUUUCAGUUCUUAAUACUGUCCUUUCUGGCAGAAAAAGGCUCUGUUUCCUUCCUGGAGAAGGGAACUCAGUUGGCUCCUUCCCCGGAGAGUGGAACUGUGGCAAGGUUGAAGACAGCUGAAAACUCCGGGGUUUUGGCAUCACAAAAGUAGUUUGGUUUUAUUUGUUUAUGUUUUUGGUUUUUUUUUCUGCAAAACCUCAGUGUUGGGAAGAGGGUGGGGACAGUUACGACAAUAGGUACUGGUAGAACAGUGACUCAGGUGAGGUUUGUUAAGGCUUUUUCUUUUGUAAGUUAGCAGCAUGCAACCUUUUAAGCUAUGCCAAACACGGGAGAUGUCUAACCUGAGCGGGCGCCGAGGAGCUGGAACAAUGAACACCUCUCUUCAGUGCCCUACAGAAACAGCUUGCCCAGAUGUUGUUUUAGAAGAUGUGUGAGAGAUGGAGCAGGACAAAACCACCAGGAGCCAUCCUGGAGGGAUACUCGGUCUUACACUCCACACUAAAACACUCCUAGUGCCCAAAUUGGACUAUCUGCUUGGAAACAUACGAGUUCACAGGAAUUGUUCUCUUCUGCUUCAAAGGAAACUAAACAGAGGAAGGUCUUCUAAGGCACACAGAGAAACUAAUUCAAAGCCUGGGGAUGGAGCUAUACUAUAAUACAUCCUGUUUUGGUGUCCAGGGUACUCUGGUGUGUAUGAAUGUUUACACAGAUGUUGUAUAUAAACAUUUGACUAGUUAAUAGUUGUAUUGAUUUUUACAUUUUUGUAAGUAAAGCAUAACUGAGAGCUAAUCCCUGAACCUCAGACUUUGUGGAAGCAGGAAGACAUGCAAGUCUUGUAUCAUUUUAUGACUUGUAUCAUUUUACCACUAAAAUACUCAUAAUGCUUACCUUAAAUUCAGUGAUAAUGUUAAGGGCGCAGUAUUUCCUUUUCCUCAUGUCAAAAGUUAGUCCACUUUUUAGCUGUUAGUACCUGAAUAUAAGGUAACAAUAACCUUGAAAGGUGUGUGGUUUGUUUUUUUCCUUUUGCUUAAGGAUUUAAUAAGAGAUAGUAAAAAACUAAAAGGCAAAAAGAAGGUGCAAUGCUGAGAUGGUACUUUUCUGUUAGACAUUCUGUAGCCAUUAUAAUGUGAUGGUGUUUUCAUUGGGGUUUGGCUUGGCUCUUUUGCUUUGAGAGCAUUCAAAGAGGAAAUAAUAAAAUCUGGCAAUACUAACUUUGAAAAAAAAAAAGUCUAGUUCCUCCAAGGUUUCCAUCUAGCAAAUGAAAUAUUCCAUAAGGAAAUUUAGGUCUGGAUUAUAUAUCUCAGUUGUAUGUUGGAUUAUAAGCACACAGUAUUUUCUGUUGGAGUCUUAUCCAUUCUUUGCCUAGACAGACCCAUCGCUGCACGGGGACACAAAGUCAUAUUCACUGAAGUCUUCGGUCUUCCAUGUUUGACCCAGGACUGCAAAGAUAUAGCCUCCAGAUACACAACUAAAUUGUGGAAUGUCAUUUGCUCAGUAUACGAGGGAUUUGAAGAUUCUCUUUACCUUCUAAUACCUUCAGUCUGACUUGUUCAUGGAAUGUUACCCAAGAAAGGGAAAGGCCAGUAACAGUCAUGCCUGAAAUGUAAUCUGACUAGGGAGAAGGAGGAAAGGUUUCUGGGCAGAAGGCAUAUGUGUAGACAAUGCAUUCUACUGGCUCUGAAAAUGCUUGCGAAAAGACUUCAUUUAUGUUUCUGCGACAAGAGUUGCCUGUGAGAUUGGCAAACAUAAUGAAAGAAAUAAGCCUGCUUCCAGACAACCUCCUAAGAACACCUUCAGUACAGCUGGUGCAGAGCUGGUAUGUCCAAAGUCUUCAGGAGAUCCUUGACUUUAAGGACAAAAGCUCAGAAGAUUCAGGGGUUAUUCAUAGUUUUACAGAUACGGUGAUAAAAAUCCGGAACCGUCACAAUGAUGUAAUUCCUACGAUGGCUCAAGGAGUAAUAGAGUACAAGGAAAGCUUUGGCAUUGAUCCAGUGACCUCACAGAACGUGCAGUAUUUUUUAGACCGCUUCUACAUGAGUCGCAUUUCAAUUAGGAUGCUUCUUAAUCAACACUCUUUACUGUUUGGUGGGAAAAUUAAUCCAGCUCGUCCGAAACACAUUGGAAGCAUUGAUCCUAGCUGCAAUGUUGUUGAAGUUAUUAGAGAUGGCUAUGAAAGUGCCAAGAGACUGUGUGAUUUAUAUUACAUGAGCUCUCCAGAACUCAUCCUUGAAGAGUUGAAUGCUAAAUCACCAGGACAGCCCAUGCAAGUGGUGUAUGUGCCAUCACAUCUCUAUCACAUGGUUUUCGAACUUUUCAAGAAUGCAAUGAGAGCCACCAUGGAACACAAUGCUGAUCGAUGCAUUUAUCCUCCAAUUCAUGUACACGUUGCAUUGGCAAAUGAGGAUUUAACUGUAAAGAUGAGUGAUCGUGGUGGAGGUGUUCCUAUGAGGAAAAUUGAUAGACUAUUCAACUACAUGUAUUCAACAGCACCACGUCCACGUGUUGAGACGUCUCGAGCUACGCCUUUGGCUGGAUUUGGUUAUGGCUUACCCAUAUCACGUCUGUAUGCACAGUACUUCCAAGGAGACCUGAAACUCUAUUCCUUAGAAGGCUAUGGUACAGAUGCAGUUAUUUACAUAAAGGCCUUAUCAACAGAAUCAAUUGAAAGACUCCCUGUAUAUAACAAAGCAGCCUGGAAACAUUAUAAAGGAAACCAUGAGGCAGAUGAUUGGUGCGUGCCAAGCAGUGAGCCAAAGGACAUGACCACUUUUCGCAGUACAUAGCUUUUUCCUCAACACUUCAUAAGUAGUAGGUAUGUCUGUAAAGGGAAUUUAAAAGACAUGAUUUACAUCAAGAUGCUUAGCCACAUUUUGAUAAGUGAAAGUAACAGAAGGUUUAAUGUAAUUACUCUUUUCUGGAAUUAAAAAAUCCCCAACAACCCCAAACCCAAGAAAAACCCUAAACCUGUACAUACUUUAAAAUUUUAAGUGAGAAGGUCACAAUUUAUUUGUUCCACUUUCUAUUUAUGACUACUUUCAGUAGCAAAGUCAAAGGAGCAGUAAUUUUGUGUUUUACAGGAAGCACUGCAGUCUGUAUCACAUCGAGUGAGGAGUGUAUUAAUAUAAUUAGAAAAUUUUCUUAGUUGAAGAACUAUUGAAAAAGCUCAUCAGAGCAUUUUUCCAUUAUAGAACAGCACAAGACUAAUGAAAAGCUCAAGUAAGAGAUAGUGAGGAGCUCACUGCUAUACCUCUUCACCUGGAUGGCACUUCGUAUUCUUUUAUUGUAAGCAUGCCGAAAUCUAACUCUGCAAAGUUAGAUGUGUUGUCUACAUCAAGGUUUUUUGAAGCUGUUGAAAUCAAACUUAGGUCUGUACAGAUAAAUAAAUCAGUUCUAGCUGCUACCACUGGUAUAAUGUAUCUCAGGUAUGUGGUAUCAGUCAUAGGUCAUUGCUUGUAAUGUGAAUAUUUAAUACAUGUGAAAAAACUUAUCUUGCCCUCAUCAUUGUGAAUUCACAAAUAGUGUUGACGUGUGUACAAUGACAAUAUGCUGUCUGGCAUCUGCUUAUUUUUCUGUUGGUAAAACCAAACCACAGUGUCAGUGUUCUAGCUCUAGUAAGAUCUCACUCUGGUAUGUCAGGUUACAGCUGUAAAUGGAAGCUAUUUUAAGAAGCAGAUUUUUUUAAAGUUUGCCCUUAAUAGGGCACCUCUAUUACUGUGGCAACAGAAACUACCUUCUCAGGAGUAUUAAAAAGUGGAAUUACCAGUUUUUGAAAAUACUUUGUGAUGUGCUUUUGGCCUUGAUUGUGUAGCAACUGGAAGUCACACUAAUAACAUAAAUAAGGUAAUCAGGAUGUGUUUAUCUGUCAAAGGUAAACUGUCAAAACCUACUGGGGAAGAUAGGAGAAUGAGUAUUACUUUUCAGGUACAGAGUCCUUCUUUUAAUAAAGGAUUGAGCUUCUUUUAAAGCCUUUUGUGCCAGCUUUGUUCAAAUCAUAUGCAUCUGUGUUGCACCUCAAUCCCUCUUACUCCUUACUACUUGAAGAGUGGAUGCAGUUAAACACACUAAUUCACCGCAUUAAUUCCGUGGGUUUUUUUUUUUUGUUCUGCAGCAGACAUGCUUAAUCCUUCUCCAAAAGAAUAAACGUAAAUUUUGUUAGUUUAGUAGCUCUGCACAGAGCAGAAAGUGAGAUAAGGGAAGGGAAUAGCUGGUAUAUUAGAAAUUCAAGUAAUGCUAUUUUAGUUGUAGCUGAGACAGGUAUCACCUGUUACCUCCCUAGCCUAGUUCUGCAAAAGAAGAGAAUCAUUUUAUACCCUGAUCAAGAUGAUGUAGGUCACUUUAACAAUGCUUUACAGACUGGGCUCUAUAUACACGGAUAAAUUGACACUCUGAGGGAAGAUUAUUCUAGCUCAGCUGCCACCAGAACAGUACAGUUACCUGCUCCACUCAAGCUUGUGGGCACUCUGAGAGGUCCCUAUUUUUUCUUUACAAGGAUGUGAUGUGGUCACUGGCGUACCUUCUAAUGUGCAUAGCUGUAAACUACAAGCCAAGAUAAUCUGUAGAUGUUCUCUUCUUCAACCCUGCAAGAGGAUGUAUGAGACAAAUUCCAUACAUCAUUAAAUGAGGCCUGUACAAAAGAUGAGAGAAUGCCUGCAGCUAUUGCUGUUGCAGAGAUGAAGCCAAAAGUCUCUGCAAGACAUUUUAAACUCCACUCUGAAGCUGAACGUUCUAGCUUUUGCACUACGUUUUAAAUAUUUUACUGACUGAAAUGAACUACAAGAGAUGUUUCUGAAGAACAUCUAUCACAGUUUGUUUUCUAGAAAGUCUGUUAAAGUAUUUUGUAUGGUAUUAUGGAAAUAAAAUCCCCUUUCCUACCGUCAGCUAGCUACAGAUUGAAUUCUGAUUAUUAGAACAAGCUGACAUGAAAUUAUAUUUGUAUCUUAUAUCCUUACCCACCAGCCCCAAUGAUUGCUGUGAAAACACAAAUGUAGUAUUAUUUUUGGUUUACAAUGUUCACUCCUACUUACAAAUUUGAUCUUUGAUUACUUUUGAUUUAAAUAAGAGCUCAGAAGGUAAUUUGUGUUUAAUAUUGUUAUUACUUACCAAAGCCAUUGCUAGCACACUGGUUAAGUUGAAGUGAAUCACUGUAGAAAAUUAGUAUACUAGCUCAGCCAUUAAAAUGCCGAUUUUAAUAGUUUUGUAUGAAAAUUAGGUCUGUAAAAUUAACCUUGGUUUGUGUUAACUUAAUUUUUUGAAAGAAUCACUACAUUUAUUCAUUAAAACUAUUUUUAAACUGUAA